GUUUCUCCACAGAAGACUGAGCUACUCGCAUUUUGGUCGCCAUUUCUUCUUUUACAUCUCGGUGGUCCGGACACAAUUACUGCCUUAUCUCUCGAGGAUAAUGAGCUGUGGCGUCGACAUGCUCUUCAGUUGGCCACCCAGACAGUUUUAGAGACUCCCUUGUGUCCAAACCUGAGCCUGGGCCUAACUAUGCUAGGCUAAUGGCAGAGUACUAUUCGGCAAAGAGUGCUCAUAUUCCCACUGAUUUCGAAGGUGAAAAUGGUCCCUCGGGCGGUGUAUCAAAACUAUUUGAGGGACGAAGAGAUGGUCCUGAUGAUGAGUCACAAUGCAAUGGUGCUAAUGCUUCAUCUUAUGAUAUGAUCAAAGAAGCUCAUUGGUUUUAUGAAAUGUCUAUGCCCCUCUUAACUGAUGGAUUUUUGAGCUUAAAAGAUCGCAAUAAAAGCCGCAAAAAUUUAUUGUAUAGGCCUUGUGAGGAAGCUUUUAGAAUCAUACAGAUUGAGCUCAACUUAAUCUAUGAUAUUUUCUAUACAAAGUUGUUCCUGUUUCAAAAGAAAAGAGCUUAUGCUCGAGUUUUGUGCCUUUUUUUGGCUCUUGCAUCCCUUUUAACUUUCUUUUAUCAAGACAGGGGCAAAUACUCUGAUCAUCAUGUUGAUGUGAUAGUAACUUUCACAUUGCUUGGUGGUGCUAUAGCCUUGGAUUUAUUGACUGCUGUUAUGUUCGUGUUGUCGGAUUGGUGGGUUAUCUUAUGCUCUAAUGGUAUGUUUAAAAACUACCUACAAUCGCUUAUGCUGACGAUCCUUAGAUGGUCAAAAUGGGCUAGACAACAUAACCGUAGAAGGUGGUCUAAUUCCAUCUCAAAAUACAAUUUAUUAAGGCAUUGCUUUAGAAAACCCUCUUCAUUGUUCAACUUGAUAUACUUGUUUAAAAUAAAGGAAAUCAGGAAUGUUUUAGUUGGAAUCCUCUAUGUCAAAGAAGAUCAGAUUGAGGAGGAGCUUAUCAAGUACUUAAUAGAAGGGCUGCAGUCCAAAGCUAAAGAAGCAGAAGAACUGGCGGUAGCAAAGGAGGUUUGUUCUGCUAGAGGGAAUUUGGUUUUGCAAAAAGAUUAUUUCCUCGCUUCAGAGUGUUUAAGCCCUUGGACCGUAGAUGUUGAUUAUGAUGAAAGUUUGUUGAUUUGGCACCUCGCUACUGAUAUCUGCUACUGGACUACAAGUGACGAUAAAGAUGAUGCUGGUUCAUCAGAAUCAAAGGAUCGUAGAUUCAGCAAGGCACUGGCAGAUUACAUGGCAUAUGUUAUACUCAGACAGCAGAAGAUGUUGUCUGCACUAGUGGGUAUGUCAGAGACUCGAUUUGAACACACUUGUGCAGAGGCCAACAAGUUCAUGAACAAUAACUGCAUCAACGUCAGCUGGCUUGAAGAUUGCUGGUGGAAGGCUAAGAGGUUCAGGUUCGCGUCAAGCCAAGACAAGAAGAGUCCCUCAGAAAAAGCAGAAGCUGAAUUCUUCAAGAAGUUUAGUGAGAAGGUGCUUCAAGUAAAGGCAGAUGUACAGCCUUUAAAAGCCAAGGGUGAUAAAAGCAAAUCAAUACUCUUUGAUGCAUGUCGCCUUGCUAAGCAACUGGAAUUGUUUGGAGAAAAGCAGUGGGAGAUAACAGCUAAGGUUUGGGUGGAACUGCUAUGUUAUGCUGCUAUUCGCUGCUCACCAAGAUCCCAUAUUGCGCGGCUAAGCAAAGGUGGAGAGCUCUUAACUUUGGUGUGGCUGUUCAUGACUCAUCUUGGCUUAGGGGAGCGCUUCCUGCAGAAUCAGGGCUUUGGAUGGACUAAACUUAUUAUUCACAAAUAAAAUGACACCACUUGCUUGAUUAUGUUAUAUUGUUAUGUAUUCUAGUAAUGCAAGAGUCACUUGCAGUUGCAGAUGUCAUUUUAUUCGCUAUCAUAGUUUAGUCUAUGGUACUUAAACACUCACCAACCCAUAUGGUGUGACAUCUUUUUUUAUCUUGACUUAAGACUUUUUAAGUAUUUAACUGUGGAGUAUACUAUGAUCAUAA